CCGCAACCCCCACGUCCCAAUUUUCCAUCCAGAUUCACUUUCCCAGGAAAAUAUUACUUUCCUUGAAUCCGUCUCCAGACGGGCUAGUUUGAUUCAUUUGUAGUCUUAUUUGUGACUGUGAAUCUGUGAUAGACUGUUGAUAGAAGCAGAGUCGUGGGAAUGGCUGCACCAGGUUCGGUUCAGAAAUCAGAGGAGGAUUGGAGGGCUAUUCUCUCUCCCGAGCAGUUUCGGAUUCUUCGCCAGAAAGAGACAGAGCCAAAAGGCACCGGGGAGUAUGACAAGCUUUUUGAAGAAGGGAUUUACAACUGUGCUGGUUGUGGAACACCACUUUAUAAAUCCACAACCAAAUUUAACUCUGGUUGUGGUUGGCCUGCUUUCUUUGAGGGUUUCCCUGGAGCCAUAACUCGCACUCCGGACCCAGAUGGGAGGAGAACUGAAAUUACAUGCACAGCUUGUGGUGGGCACUUGGGUCAUGUUUUCAAGGGGGAGGGGUUCAAAACUCCUACAGAUGAACGCCACUGUGUUAACAGUGUUUCCAUUAAGUUUGCUCCUGGAAAUUCUGCUCCUUCACAGUGAAGUCUUUGGAGAGGUUCUCAUUUCCCAGGAGCAUGCAUCUUGUGUACAAUCUUUUGUUUAGUUUAUGCAGGGUGAUGAGUGAUGACCAAGUGUGGCAUUUAUGCGAACAAAACAAAACCUUUUGUUUGCCUUAUCACAUGGCUUUGUUAUUAGUUUUAAUAAAAGGGCCAUCUAGGCAAAUUCUUCUCAA